ACCUCUUUCAUAAAACGUUGAACCCGGAACGGUUUUAACGUUUAGUUUUACAUUGUCACGUGAUACCCGACAAAGCGUCUAUAGUUAACAUGUCGUCUACAAUGUUUACAUCCUUGAAAGUGGUAGAACUGCAGGAUAUUCUGAGAGGAAAAGGGAUUUCUGUUUCAAAUGUGAAGCGAGAGAACUUGGUAAAGCUAUGUGAGGCAGUUGUUAAGCUGAACUUACCAGAUGAUCCCGAUAUGUGCGCCGAUCAUCCAGUGUCAAUAUACGAUAUUCUCGGCAAGUUUUCUGUUGACCCCUUCAAGAUCCAAGGACUUUCUAACGAUCUCACAAAAUUACCAACCUUUUCCCUGUAUGAUGUGUUUAAUUACUUGUUAUAUAAAACUGCAAAUUAUGAUCAAAGGAAAUUAAAAGCGUACAAAUCUUGUGAAGAUUAUAGACUAUUCUUCGAUGGGUAUGUUGAGAAGUUAGAAAUGAAGGAACUUGAAGAUGGAGAUAAUUACCUUAUCAAAUCCUGCGUGAAACCUACGCAGAAGGAUAGGACUUACCUAAAUAAAACAGCUUAUGAUGUUUGGGUGGUUAUGUGUAAAAGUGGAAGCGUAAAUUGUGCUUACUGCACAUGCAUUGGAGGAGCUGAUGGAGGAUGUCGCCACAUCGGAGCAACCCUGUAUGAAAUUGAGGCUUUUGAUGUCAAGUCAGUCACAGAUGGAGAUAACUUGUGGGUAAAACGACCACGACAUCAUGAUUGCCCUGUGCCUAUAAAGCAACUUAAAAUCUUGAAAGCUAGGUAUGCAAGUGUGGAUUAUCACCAGUCUGCUGCUCACAGUUUUGACCCGCGCAGUGUAGAUCAGAGACAAACUUACACAGAAAUGGAAAUCAGUGAAAUAGCAAAGAAUCUUCGAGAGAUAUCCCCAAAUAUACAAGCCUUAGAUAUUCUGGAGGUACAAAAACCAGUGCAGAAUGACAAGGGAGAUGAAGCUGAUCAACAAUGUCCUAAAUGUUCUGCUUUUACCAUGCCAAACAUGUUAAAGAAAAUAGCAUCUUGUAAUGCAAAUGAAUUCCAUAACUCUGAGAAUUUAUGUACUCUUUCCAAUGAUAAUAUUUCUCACAUUGAAUCAUGCACAAGUGAGCAAUCCGACUGCAAGAUUUGGCAUGAGCUGAGGAAAGGCAGAUUGACUGCAUCUAAUUUUAGUAAAGUCUGCAAAGCAGUUGAUUCUAACAAAUGUCCACCUUCACUUCUAAAGACUAUUUUAGGUGAAUAUGGAGAAAUUUCAGCUCCAUCAUUGGUGUGGGGUAAAAAGAAAGAAAAAGCAGCUCUUCAACAUUACAUGAGAGUAUGUCAUAAGUCACAUGUACAUCCCCUUCUGUCACAUAAAGGCUUAAGAAUACAUCCAACCAUGAAUUUCAUUGGUUGUUCUAUUGAUGGUCUUUUUACAUGUAAAUGCCAUGAUAGCACUAUUAUUGAGGUUAAAUGUCCUUUUACACACAGAGACGAUGAACCAAGGAAUGUUUGUCUUAAAAAAGGCUGUGUUAUUAAUGAGAGAGGUGAGAUGGUUGUUUCUGAAAACUCAGAAUACUAUCAUCAGAUGCAAGGGCAGAUGGGUAUAUAUGGUAUACAUCAAUCUAAUCUUAUACUUUAUACAAAGAAAGGAAUAUGUGUUGCUCAUGCUGAUUUUAAUCCAGAUUUCUUCCAGAAGAUGCUCAGCAAACUUGAAUCAUUUUUUAAACAACAUGUGAUUAAAUCUUUAAUGCAACAGUAACUGCUUAUGUACCUGCAUUAUAAAUUAGGCAAAAAAAGCUGCGUUUACUAAUUUACUACAGAAUAUAUGUAACUACUGUACUGUUACCUCCUGAAAAAAUGGAGUUGGUAGGCAGAAUUAAGAUUGUGUUAUUGGUGAAAAAUGCUUUGUCAUAUAAGAUCUAUUUCAGUAUUUCACUUUUUUGUAAAAUUAAGCUAAUCGGAUGAUUUCCUCUGAAAGGAGGACUAAUCAGAUCCCUGUAUGACAGUUACAUGUAGCAUUAAAAUGUAAAAUUAUCAAAGCAUUGUUAUUAU